CAAGCCCUCACCGAAAGAUGUUACUUCACACCGCAAAGGCCUCAAAAGCCCUCCCUGGGUUCUCAUACUCUUUCAAACCCUCUCCUACCUCUUUCCUGCACUAUGGCCGCCUCAGAAACGCCUAGGACCAUAACCCUCGCCUCCCGAGCUUCCCAGCUAGCUCAAAUCCAAACUAACAUCGUCCGAGAUGCACUCGCAAAAGCCUUUCCUUCCAAAACUUUCGCAACGUCGUUCAUGACUACUGCAGGAGAUCAUAAUCAAUCUCAAGCUCUCUACUUGCUCGGGGGAAAGUCUCUAUGGACGAAAGAACUCGAGGUUGCUUUGAAAGAAGGCGUUGUGGAUAUGCUUGUGCAUAGCUACAAGGACGUGCCGACAACUUUACCGGAAGGAUGUGAGAUCGGGGGGGUGCUUGAGCGAGAGGAUCCUGUCGAUUCCUUGGUAGUAAAGAAAGGACUGGAGUUUAAGACCUUAGAGGACCUUCCUGACGGAUCAGUCGUCGGUACAAGCAGCGUACGGAGGGUUGCGCAAUUGCGGAGGUUGUUCCCUAAGCUUGUGUUCCUGGAUGUGCGAGGAAACCUGAACACUCGUAUGGCCAAACUGGAUGCUCCAGACAGCCCUUACGCCGCUCUCAUCCUAGCCAAAGCAGGGCUCGUCCGUCUCGGUUGGGGUUCCCGAAUGACAGCAGACCUCCAUCCACCAACUCUCUACCACGCCGUUAGCCAAGGUGCACUGGCCAUUGAAAUCCGUUCAGACGACACCGAAGCCCGAGAACUUUGUCGUUCGGUCACACAUUGGCAGACGGAAUGGCAAUGUGCUGCCGAGAGAGCGUGCUUGCGAGUUCUUGAAGGUGGGUGCAGCGUCCCUGUGGGCGUACAUACGCAGUUAGUGGGGGAUAAGACAUUGAAGAUCACUGGGUGCGUCACGUCGCUGAAUGCGGAGCAGCAUGUCCAGCAUACGUUGGAAGAAAAGGUGGAGAGUGUGCGGGAUGCUGAGGCCGUUGGUGCGAAGUUGGCAAAGAUCCUCAUUGAGACUGGUGCAAAGGCUAUUCUCGAUGAUAUCAAUGUUGAUAGGGAGAAGAGGAUUGGGGAAGCCAAGACUGCGGAUGAGGUGAAUAAGAUCGAAACAACUAUGGAUGGUGCGACUUCUGCGACGGCGUAACCUUUGACUUGAUAGAACCAACUGCUCUAUGUACUAUGUAUUUUGUUGUGUCCUAGGCCUCAGUAGAGUUCUAAAUAUAUAGAAAACCAUCAAUGUAAUGUGAAGUAUGAACCU